ACACUGAUAAAAAACACAGAAGUUCAGUACACAGCCGCUCACAAUAUUAGUCCUUCGUGCAAAAAUAUCACCAUACUACUGCCAUCCAGUGUGGCACACCCUUUUGCAAAGAAAGAGAAUGCGACGGACAGAAUACUUCUGAAAUUAUUGUCGCUCAAAAAAACGUAAGAUUUUAUUAAAGGUCUCUCAACGCCUGCGACAUACGAAAAGCAUUACAACAAGAUUAGGCCAAAUGUACAAAGGAAAACAGCAAUAAACCAAAACCCGACCAUUUACUCCUUGUGAAUGACUUAUGCGUGAGAAAUAGCUGCGACGUAACUUAAAAUAGCAUGACGUCUGUAUGCAUAGCAUUAAAAUACGUAAGCAGAAAGGUAUUCCUUCCUAUUAACUUCUAAGGGUCCAAACCCUAGUAGUCGCCCACUGAAACUGGAACGGCUAUGAAUGACGCAUUUAAGGGAAAAAAAAGGUGGGUCGUUCCAUGUAAUCCUCCAGACUGACAUUACUCUUCACCAAACCGGAAACAAAGUCGCUAUCAAGUUGACCAAUCAGCAUCCUUCCAAGAAACGGGCUCUCCUUUUCGUUCAAGUCUACUAUGAAACGCUUCUGUAAAAGUCUGAUUGCAAGGAGCGUACGCUUCACUCUACACACUGCUCUGAAAGAUAAGUAUUGGAGUCCUUGAUAUUGAAGACAAAAUUAAAGGAAGGACUUUCAUCAAGUAGAGAAGUUUGUGGAGAGUAACUGCAUAGUUUGCAGUUUGUAAUCCUUUGGCGAUAAUAUAAAAAGUAAUCUCGAGAAGAUUUAAUUGUACUUCUACAGCGAAAAAUAGUGCACGUUUUUUUCUGUCCACACUUUGAUUUUUACAUAAUCGUACAUUGGUGAUCUUGUUUUUUGCGCAGUUAGUUCAGUGUGUCCUUCAGCUGAUUGUGAAGCCGGCGAUUGGGUGUGCAGCAUGGCCUCGGUUGGCGGCAACGCAAACUCAAACCGGCGAUUCAGUGUUCUUUCAUGGCAGCAGGUGCAGAGACUGGACUCUAUUUUGGGUGAGGCUGUUCCUAUUCAUGGUCGCUGGAACUUUCCUACUCUUUCUGUGAUGCCUCGGCAGAUUGUGAAGGUUGUACAGAGCCGAUUACAUGAGAAGGGGAUUAAAGUACAUAACGUGAGGUUAAAUGGCUCUGCCGCUAGCUAUGUGCUGCACCAUGAUGGUGGACUUGGUUACAAAGAUUUGGAUCUUAUCUUCCGAGUUGAUCUUCCAAAUGAGAGGACAUUCCAGGUUGUAAAAGAUGUUGUUUUGGACUGCCUGUUAGAUUUUCUGCCAGACGGUGUUGCUAAAGAGCGAAUAUCACCUAUGUAUUUGAAAGAAGUGUACGUUCAGAAGCUAGUAAAGGUGUGCAAUGAAACUGAUCGUUGGAGUUUGAUCUCUCUGUCCAACAACAGUGGAAAAAAUGUAGAGCUGAAAUUUGUGGAUUCUCUUAGGAGGCAGUUUGAAUUCAGUGUUGACUCUUUCCAGAUAAUCUUGGACUCGCUACUAUUGUUUGGGGAGUGUUCUGCGAACCCAAUGUCUGAGAAUUUUCACCCAACGGUUGUGGGCGAAAGCAUGUAUGGAGAUUUUGCCCAGGCGCUGGAUCACCUGCAAAACAAAAUAAUAGCAACACGAAAUCCAGAGGAAAUUAGAGGGGGGGGACUCUUAAAGUACUGCAAUCUCCUUGUGACUGGGUUUAAGCCAUCAUCUGAACCUGAAAUGAAAGCCCUUCAGAAAUACAUGUGCUCACGGUUUUUCAUAGAUUUUUCAGACAUUGCAGAACAGCAGCGUAAACUAGAAUCGUACUUGCAGAAUCACUUUGUGGGUAUGGAAUAUAAAAGAUAUGACUGUCUCAAAACUCUCUAUGAUGUUGUGGACGAAAGCACUGUGUGUCUCAUGGGACAUGAAAGACGUCAAACUCUAAAUCUUAUAGCUAUGCUUGCUCUAAGGGUCUUGGCAGAACAGAAUUCAGUCACAAAAGUUACUUGUUUUUAUCAGCCGGCACCUUUUGUUCAGGACAUAAAUUUCAGUAACUACUAUGUUGCUCAUGUUCAGCCGGUGUUACCUUGUAGCCACUCCUGUUCAACAUGGCUACCGUGUAAAUGACACCUGAAGAGAACACUGUAUACAGAGAAAAGAAAUGAACAUUGUAAUGAACACAGAUUUGCAAGAAUAACUGCUGUAAAAAAUGGUGAUAUAAAAAAAAAUUUUAUUGUGAGGAAUCCUUUUUGUUUUAAUCUCCUUGUAUGGGUCUGACCUGCCAUGAAGGUUUUUUGAGCGAAUAUGCUCCCAAUGAGCAGAGGUCAGGCCUAUGUAAUAUAGAAGAAAAGUUGUGGUAUUAAAAGCAUAUGUAUGACAGGUGAACUGGAUCUCCAUUUUGAAGGACCAAAGAUUUAUUACAGAAGUCUAUUACAGCAGUGAAGAAGUGCCUACUAGAUUAAGUAACUGUGUGCAAAGUAUGUUUACUCUGCGUUGUACAUAUAAAGGGGACUGACGUGCCCUUGUUCUAAUUUUACUGUUUCUGUUGUGCAUUUUAAAAUUGCAUUUGUGUGUUCUCAUUAUAAAAAGGCCAAGAGCCCAUGCUGCCAGCAUUUUGUAUACUGGACUAGCUUUAAGACUUUUUUUUCGGGGGGGGGGGGGGUCAGUAUGUAUGCAUUCACCCACACCGGGCUUGCUGGGUGGGAGAGUAUCUGCGUGUUGUGUGCAUAACUGUGCCAAAUGCCUGAACAAAUCUCAUAUUCUCAGUGUGUAUUUGUUUAGUUUGCUACAUACCCAUCACUCCACCCCCAUGUUAAAGGUAGGCUUUUUGCAUCAAGGCCAUCUGGUUAAACCAUUAUUAAUUACUGGCUUAACUAUGUUACUUGGUUGUAGUUUGUACCCAAAGGACUAAACUUUACGGUGCUAGAUUGUUUGCAUUUUUCUUGGCAUUCUUUUUAAGAUGUGCGAGAGAGGUGGACAUUAAUUGUCUGGCAUCUCCAUUUAUCUUUACUUAAAAAAAAACUGGCAUAUUUGCAGGUGUAAAGUCUUGAUGGUUUUCAGUAUACUGGCAUGUAUGAUGCCAUGUUUUCUCCAUAUGAUAUGCAUGCGACAUCAAAUGUACUAUUGUGAAUAGCUGUGAAGCAAAUGUUUGCGUGCGACGGGGAAAGUGUAUUCUUUAGAGACUUUUGUGUCUAGGUGCACUGUAGAAGUGACCCAAUGCUCUGAAAUUCUUAGAGGCUUUGUGACAGCUGGGAGUUUCUGUUCUAGAGAAUAUUCCAUUACAAGUCAGUGGAUUAGGAUUUGAAGCUUUGUUUGCUUACUAGCGAAGUAAUAUUGCUGGCAAGAGCUGCCCCCCCCCCCCC